UGCUUUGCGACCAUCGGAGGAAGGAGCGCCAGCACUUCGGGGACCAUGGCAUACAUGGCUCCGGAAGUACUGGCUCAUUUUGCCCAAAACAGCGGCGAAUAUGACCAUAAGGCUGACAUCUGGUCACUAGGGAUUGCAGCCAUUCAAAUGGCGGAAGGACAUCUCCCAUUCAGAAGACUUCCCAAGCAGAAGCUGAUCCAGAGAAUAACAACCGGUCCCAUUCCAUCAUUAUCAUCAAGGGGCAAUUGGAGUGACGAGUUCCGCUUCUUCAUCAGCGAGUGCCUGCAGAGAGACCCAGGCAGGAGACCAUCUGCAAGGCAGCUCCUCACGCACCCUUUCAUUGCCGAGCUCCGGGGUGAAAGGGGGGUGCAGAGGAAUAUCGCCCAACACCUGCACAGAGGUAGGGGAACUGCUCAUUCUCAUUAUAGUUCAUGUGAUGCACAGACUGUAAUCAUUUACUGUUCCCAUUCCUACAAUAUUCUCCUGCUUUCCUACAUACAAUAUCAUUCUAUAACUAAAGCCACCAAGAAUAAAGACUAAGAUUGGAUUAGGGCAGAGCUCACUA